UCUCCGGAUGGGAUCCUCGCGUCCGUGGCCCGAGGUGAUGGAGAUGCUAACCGGAGACAAGAUGAUGGAUGCUGGAGCCCUCAUAGAGUACUUCAACCCUCUCAUCGAGUGGCUGGACACGCAGAUCAAUGAGAAUGCGAUCAAGACGGGAUGGGAUUGCGCGCAGACGUCAACGCCGCCGACUGAACCGCCCACCAUAAUAACCACAUCGAAGCCUGACUCAGGGCACAUGGCAGUAUUGUCUGUCUCAGCUCUACUACUUGUCAUCGCGCACGCCCUGCAGAGGAUAUUAUAGAUGGCGCCACUACCGCGCAUGGAAAUUACUCUGACUCUGAUUUUUCGGAUUAAGCCUUACAGGUGCCUUAUAAGUGCCUUGCUGUGUCUUAUGGGUGCAUUAUUGGGCCUUAUUACGCCUUUUUAGGCCUUAUAGGUGCCAUAUUAGCCCUUAUAGGUGCCUUAUUGGUGUCUUAUUAUGCGCAUAUAUUAAGGCCUUAGCGUAUAGAGAGAAACAGUGAUUCUGACAACAGAUGUCAUUGUUGUCGCAUGCCAGAUGUUUGCAGCGAGUGAGCUAGCUGCCACGCCCUCUAGCGGGCACCGAUGACGGCACGACGAUUGUCACGUGAUACCAUGAGCAGAUAGACGGAAUACAUGAGAACUUCCUUCCCGGGAGGAGGGGGGGGGGUGUGAUUCUUGUAGCUGGUGGUGUGGGGAGGGGAGGGGAGCGGAAGAACGAUUGAUUGAAACAUAGGCGAUUCAAUUGGAAACCAGUAUUUGUAAAAUAAACCGAAUUCCCACUCGUAGUAAUCUUUGUAAGAAAUGUUGUGAACUUCUGAAGAAGAAAUACAGGGUACUCCUAUGUGAUUUUUUACGACUUUAUAAAUGGUGAGAAUUGCUUAGAAUCCAACGUUAUCGACGUUAACUCUGCAUUCACAAAUCACAAUAAGAUUAAACUCUGUGAUGAUAUAUUGUUGUAUUUGUUAUUUUUGCCCGUACUUCACGAAAUAAACAGCGUUUGACUAUCAAUCAA